AAUCCUGGACGGGGCGAGGCGGAGAGCUCAGUGUGGCCCUCAUCCAUCAUCGCUAUGGGAAUUACCACAGCGUUCUUUCUGAACCAAGCCCUCAUCCCGUACUAUCUGAAACCGGUCCACCUGGAGACACAGACUAUAAAACACUGCAGUUGAGACUGUCGCUGCACCAUAGAGCUCGGCUCAGCUCGUCUCCUCCAGCAAAGCAGAGGAGGAUGAUGAGGAUGAGACACAUCUAGAGAUGAGAAGUGUCUCCUCUUGCUGACAACUUGGACAAGGACGUUCUCUCGACCCUCAUCUAAGUCUGUGUUUUUCUAGAUCGGGACGAUGCCCAUCAUGUGUGUGUCCGCAGUGCUCUUAUGGGUGGUGGUGGUUGACAUCUCAGCCCGGGUUCUGACCACAACGAGCCCAGCUGACCAGCUCCUCCUCUCUCCUCGCCACUAUCAGCACACCGAUCCAGACUCGGGCACCCAGCUUUUCUGCGACAAGUGCCCGGCAGGCACCUAUGUGUCCGUCCACUGCUCCCUAGCAGCCGAGAGGGACUGCAGCCCCUGCCCUGAAGGUACCUUCACCCGGGGCGAGAACGGGGUCCAGCAAUGCCACCGCUGUCGGGCUCCAUGUCCCUCAGGCUUCAUCGAAAAAGUACCCUGCACUGCCACCCAGGACCGUGUCUGCACGUGUCCCCCCAGCAGCUUCUUAUGGGGGGAUGGUGGCAACGAGUGUAAGCCCCACUCACUAUGCCCUCGAGGGACAAGGGUGAAAAAGCGGGGCAGUGAAACAGAGGAUGUGCUCUGUAAGCCAUGCAACAAGGGGACUUUCUCAGAUGAGGACUCGAGCGCCGUGAAGUGCCGAACCCACACGGACUGCCAAGCUCAGGGGCUGGUGCUGGUCACACCAGGGACAAGAGAGAGAGAUAAUGUCUGCAGCUCACCUUCUACAGCUCCCCCCUCUUCUUCAUCAUCACCUGUCUCCACAACCAGCCCACUGGGGCCUGCAUGGACUGUGCAUGCUCAGGAACCAGUGUCUUCCUCUCCAUCAUCAUUACUGGCCGCACACAAAGACACCUACAGCCAGUCAGCAGCCAUUUUACUGUGGCAAAACCCAGAUGGGAAAGACCACCAAGCAGAGGGCCUACUCCUCAGCCGGAUGACUACUCACACCCCACCAAACCGUCAACCCAUAGAGACUCCACUUCCACCAGCUCGCAAGCAACUGGUGGAUCGCAAGGGCCACCCAAAUUCUGACCCUAUGCCAGGCCCUAACAAGAGGGUAAUGGAAGGUUUAGAGGAUGCCGAGGUAGUCAAGGUUGGGACGGGUAUCAACAAGGUAGCCGGACAGGGUAGUGGAGGUGGUGUAGGUGGGAUCUCCAGCUCCUACAGGCCCACUCGCAGGGGGUCCCCACGGCCAAAUACCCAUAAUCACUUUGACAUCAACGAGCACCUCCCCUGGAUGAUCGUAUUGCUGUUACUGCUGGUGCUGGUGGUGAUUGUGGUGUGCAGCGUGAAGCGGAGCUCACGGGUGCUGAAGAAGGGUCCCAUGCAGGACCCCAGCAGCAUCAUGGAGAAGGCGAUUCAGAAGAAACCUUCUGUGCCCCCAAUGCAGGUCAAAGAGAAGUGGAUCUACUACUCCAAUGGACAGGGGGUGGAUAUUCUGAAACUGGUGGCAGCCCAGGUGGGCAUCCAGUGGAUCGACAUCUAUCAGUCGCUGGCCAAUGCCACGGAGCGGGAGGUAGCUGCCUUCUCCAACGGCUACUCGUCCGAUCAUGAGCGGGCAUACGCCGCACUGCAGCACUGGACCAUCCGGGACAGCGAUGCCAACCUGGCCAAGCUGAUCAACGCACUGCAUCGGCAGCGCCGCAUCGACGUGGUGGAGAAGAUCCGCUACGUCAUGGAGGACAACCCACAGUUUGACAUCAACCAGCUGAUGACCUCAGUGAAUGUAAGCCAAAGCCUCAGUCCCAUUCACAAGCAGCUCGAGUCUCCCAGCAGUGUCGGCAGCGGCAGCGGCAGCCAGGCUGGUAGUGUCGGCGGGGGCAGCGGUGUGGGCGUGGAGCAGUCACCAGUGGACCGCACUAAAGGUUUCUUCCCCGACGAAUCGGAGCCCCUCCUCCGCUGUGACUCCACCUCCAGCAAAGACUCCGCCCUCAGCAGGAACGGCUCGUUCAUUACCAAAGAAAAGAAAGACACGGUGCUUCGACAAGUGCGUCUGGACCCUUGCGACCUGCAGCCCAUCUUCGACGACAUGCUGCACAUCUUGAACCCGGAGGAGCUGCACGUCAUCGAGGAGAUCCCGGCCGCCGAGGACAAGCUGGACCGCCUUUUUGAGAUUGCGGGAGUCAAGAGUCAGGAGGCCAGCCAGACGCUGCUGGACUCGGUCUACAGCCACCUCCCCGACCUGUUAUAGUGGAGGAUGGAGGAGGAAAACACACGGACGAUAAGAGGCACAGUUUUAAAAAGGAAUGUCUAACUUAGAUGAAGUAUUGUGCAGAGUAAGCUUGGGUUGGUGGUUGAUCAUGUCACUUUGUUACAUGAUUUCAGCGGGGUGUUGUAGAUAAGGUUAUCUACUUCCUCUUUUAAAAUCUUUACUGGUACUUUACUCCUCUUUACCUUCAAAUCUCCUUCUUCUGCUGUCUUGUGUGUAAACAUUAUUGCUCCUUAAUCCAUCCUCUACAUCAUGAUACAGGGUCAAAUGUAAUCGAAGCCUUCUGAGUGGUACGAGGAGGAGUACCUUCCUUAAAUAUGUUCAGCCUUAGCAAUGAGGCUCAAAAACUGUGCUGAAAAGGAGCUGAUAUGUAUUUACUACAUGAAAAAAUAUAGAAAGCACUUUCCUUAUCUUAACUGAAUGCCUUCACCUUUAAAGGAUAAUACUGGUGUUUGUUGU